CAACAACAACAGCAGCAGCAGCAGCAGCAGCAGCAUCAGCAACAACAGCAUCAGCAACAACAGCAUCAGCAUCAGCAGCAUCAGCAACAACAGCAGCAGCAUCCACAACAAGCGCAGCAACAAGCCCAGCAGCAGCCGCAGCCGCAGCCGCAGCAGCAGCGAAGAGAUGGGGCCCACCUCCUUAAUGGCACAGCUAAUGGACUUGUUGGAAAUGACCCUCUAAUGAGGCAGAACCCUGGAACUGCCAACGCCUUGGCUACAAAGAUGUAUGAAGAAAGACUAAAACUGCCUAUUCAGAGGGAUUCUUUGGACGAUGGGGCUUUGAAGCAAAGAUUUGGUGAGAAUGUAGGCCAGCUUUUGGAUCCAAAUCAUGCGUCAAUACUGAAGUCAGCUGCUGCUGCUGGCCAGCCUUCGGGGCAAGUGCUGCAUAGUACAGCUGGCAGUAUGUCCCCGCAAGUUCAAGCUCGGAAUCAGCAACUAUCAGGGUCUACACCCGACAUAAAGACAGAGAUAAAUCCAAUACUGAACCCAAGAGCUGCUGGUCCUGAAGGAUCACUUAUUGGAAUUCCGGGAUCAAAUCAAGGUGGUAACAAUUUGACAUUAAAAGGGUGGCCUCUCACAGGUCUAGAUCAGCUUCGUUCUGGGUUUCUUCAGCAGCAAAAGCCAUUUAUGCAGGGUGCUCAACCCCUUCAUCAACUUCAGAUGCUAACACCCCAGCACCAGCACCAACUUAUGCUAGCACAGCAAAAUCUGACAUCUCCGUCUGGCAGUGAUGUAGAAAGCAGAAGGCUAAGAAUGCUUAUGAACAAUCGAAGCCUGAGUAUGGGAAAGGAUAGCCUUUCAAAUUCUGUUGGCGAUGUAAUUCCAAAUGUCGGAUCACCUUUGCAAACUGGUUGCCCUGUUUUGCCUCGUGGAGAUCCAGAUAUGUUACUCAAGAUGAAAAUUGCUCAGUUACACCAGCAGCAACAACAGAACAGUAAUCAACAACAGCAGCAGCUUCAACAGCAUGCUCUUUCAAGCCAGCAACCUCAGAAUUCAAACCACAGUAUUCAGCGUGAUAAAAUUGUGGGUGCUAGCAGUGUCACAGGGGAUGGCAGUGUAUCAAAUUCCUUCCGAGGAAAUGAACAGGCUUCAAAAAAUCAGACUGGGAGAAAGAGAAAGCACCCUGUGUCAUCUUCAGGACCUGCCAAUAGCACCGGAACUGCAAAUACAGCAGGACCAUCUCCCAGUUCAGCACCCUCCACACCGUCAACUCAUACACCUGGAGAUGUGAUCUCCAUGCCUGCUUUGCCACAUACUGGUAGUUCUUCGAAGCCUUUGAUAAUGUUUGGCACUGAUGGUGCUGGCACUCUUACUUCACCCUCAAAUCAAUUGGCUGACAUGGAUCGUUUUGGGGAAGACGGAUCUCUUGAUGAUAAUGUCGAGUCUUUUUUAUCUCAUGAUGAUACAGACCCCAGGGAUAGUGUUGGUCGUUGUAUGGAUGUCAGCAAAGGGUUCACAUUUACGGAACUCAAUUCUGUUCGUGCAAGUGCAAACAAAGUUGUUUGUUGUCAUUUCUCAUCAGAUGGAAAACUGCUUGCUACUGGUGGCCAUGAUAAAAAGGCUGUGUUAUGGCAUACAGAAACUUUAAAGGCAAAAUCUACACUUGAAGAACAUUCGGCGAUAAUUACUGAUGUUCGAUUCAGUCCUAGCAUUCCACGUCUCGCAACAUCCUCAUUUGACAAAACAGUCAGGGUUUGGGAUGCUGAUAAUCCUGGCUAUUCACUUCGUACCUUUACUGGGCAUUCUGCAUCUGUAAUGUCACUUGACUUCCACCCGAACAAAGAUGACCUUAUCUGCUCUUGUGAUGGAGAUGGUGAAAUUAGAUACUGGAGUAUUAACGCUGGUAGCUGUGCAGGAGUUUUCAAGGGUGGCACGGCUCAGAUGAGAUUCCAACCACGUCAUGGAAGAUAUCUUGCUGCAGCUGCAGAUAAUGUUGUAUCCAUACUGGAUGUGGAGACUCAAGCUUGUCAGCAAACAUUACAGGGGCAUACAAAACAAAUUGAUUCUGUCUGCUGGGAUCCUACUGGCGAAUUCCUGGCAUCUGUCAGUGAGGAUUCUGUUAGAGUCUGGACUUUGGGAUCAGGAGGUGAAGGGGAUUGUGUUCAUGAGCUUAGUUGUAAUGGCAAUAAAUUCCACUCCUGUGUUUUCCAUCCUACGUAUCCUUCAUUGCUGGUCAUUGGUUGUUACCAGGCAAGUCAUUUCUACGUUUUUGUUUAUUGUUUUGUUAUGCAAUUCUUUGUGCAGGCAACAUGAAUCAUUCGCGCAUUUAAGUAUUAUUGCAUUUGGUUUGAGUUUCCUCCUUAACUAAAGUGUUACAUCUGCAGUCAUUUACCACCUUUUCCAGUUAGUUACUUAGUAUAUGGUGGAAACUUUCUUUGGAAAUUGAUUGGCACCUGUUAAGUUGUAUAUGUAUUAGGUGCUAGUGUAUUACCUUGCAUAGAACAUGCAUACACUUUACUAAAUCAAGGUUUAGUGAGUAUAUAACUCUAUAUAUACUGCUCGACACCUUCCUAAUCCUGUCAUUGACUUGGGAAUUUUUUUUUGAUCUACUGUGAGCGUUUUUUGACAGUCUCUGGAGCUUUGGAAUAUGACUGAGAACAAGACAAUGACUCUUUCAGCACAUGAAGGACUUAUUUCUGCCUUGUCUGUGUCAACAACAAUGGGCUUGGUUGCUUCGGCUAGCCAUGACAAGAUUGUUAAGCUCUGGAAGUAAAAUUGUUGUUUAUGCAUGUUGUUCUCUUAUUUGUAAUCAUCUGGUCCAGUUUUCUGCUGUUUCUUAGCAGGCUGUUGUAGUUGGUUUCUAUUUUCAUUAUCUAAUGUUGUUGUGUUUUUCGUCUUGUAUCUCGACUUAACCGUUCUAUAUAUAACCCCCAAGACUAAGAAACUAACCCUGUACUGUAUCAAUGGUGUUGCUGCUGUAGUUGUCACCAGUUAUCUUUUUUGCUACACACAAAGUUUCGGCUCCAUUGUUGAUGGAUCUGCGGAUAUUAUCUGGAAUUGAGAACUUUCUUUCAUUCGUGAUGAUUCCUCAUAUUGGACUAAAUCUGUG